AUCUUUUGUUUGAUUUAAACAUUGCUUUUAGUAUGAUGCCUACACCAGCUGUGCAGAAAGGGCUCUGGAGAGAUGUUCAUAGCAGCAUAGGCUUGCAGCUCUUCUUCAGUUCUGGAGGCUCCAGGACAGCCAAUAUUGCUUUGUCAAAUCCAUUCUUUAGGUCUUGCUGUGUGGGUACAGGACCGUCCAUAUACUUGACAGCCUUCAGGUUGUGGGCCGGCUUUUCAGCAGUCUCUGGAGUGAUAGGCUUCUAUUUGUUCUUGGUAAUUUUCUCAAUAAUAGACCCUCUGAGAUCAAUUUGGGUUGUGACAAGCAAGAAAGGAGCCUUUGGACAGUGGUGAGUUAUCUCAGGCCCUCACUUUUCUUUCAUACUUUAAAAUGAACAUGGAGAGACCACUGAGAAACAGACUAGAAAUAUAUCUGUGUAGAUAACUCAGGAGUUAUAAUCUGUCAUAAUCUUCUUGCCCUGCAGAAUUAAAAGUCUAAGAGUAUAUGGCUCUGCACCAGUCCUAACUGUGAGUGCAUAGUUGUCAAAAACAGUCUGCAUCUGUUAGGAUGGGAAUUUGUUGUGUAGGAUAUCAGGAGACAUGUUUUACUAACAACUGCAUUGACCACAACAAUGCACCUAAUUGUCUGCAUUGCUGAAAUAGUUUUGUAUCCACUUUAAAUAUUUGAAAUCUGAUGUUGACCUCAGCUUCUCCAGAAAAGAGUCUUAUUAGGAAGGAGGGGAAUGGAGAAGAGGGAGAGGAGAUGUCCAUUUUGCAGCACAGAAUCUGGCCACAAAGGUGGGAUUAGCAAACUCCUGUGGGAGAAGCUCCGGACACUGCAGACAGAGCGGGUUUACCGGGGAGGCACUGUCCACAAAGUCGCUCAGCACACAUAGAUGUUUCGGGUGCACAACAAACUUUCCCACAGUAUAUAGGACUCUUGGUGAGACAAAACGAUUACUCAAUGUGAACUAGUUCAUAAGUAUUACUUAUAUGUCACAGCCUUUUCACAUUCGAAUCUCUGAUCUUGCUUUUCAAAAAAAAAAAACUUUGUAAACAGCUCUAUUAAGGUAUGAUCUACAUAUCAUAACUUUCAUUUAUUAAAAGUUAUUUUUGGCAAAUUUACAGAGUUAUGCAACAGUCACCACAAUCAAUUAGAACAUUUCCAUCACUCUAGAAAGAUUUCUCAGGCUCAUUUGCCUCACUCUCCAUUCUUACCUCCAGCCCCAGGCAACUACUAAUCUACUUUCUGUCUCUCUAGGAAGCAAAGAGCAAGCAGAGCUGGAGAUACAUUUACUUUGGGUUUAGUGGGAUAUUUUUGUGUGGUUCAUGGUCAUUUCUAUGUAUUGUUAAGAUACUGCUAGCCAUGCCCAUGUAGGAAUGGCUUCCAGGAAUACUCCUGUUAUCCAUUGGGCCUCCCACUUUGAUAGAAUUUUAAUGGUAAAUAGAGAAGGAUAUUCCUUUCUCUGUUCUGUCUCCAGGUCCUGGACCUCCAUUGCUAAUAGAGUAUUAAAGAACUCUGUACCCAAAUGAGAGUACACAUUAUUUCAAACACAUAUGGAUGAUUCACAAUGUAAUGCCCACAUGGUGGGCCUCAAAGGGAAUCUCAAAAAUGACCUUAAACUUGCUAACAUAUAAGCUAUGUUCAUGAAAUUAAAAAUAAGAAAUUAGAGUUUUCUGCCUGCUUCCUGAAGAGCAAGGAGACUGGUGGUCUGGUUCUUGGGCUUCCCUAGCAGCAUGGCCUCCAAAUGCCAGUCUUCCCUCCUGUCUCGAAAGAAGACACCAAGACCACCUCCUGUUCUGAGACCAGAGGAGACUUCGACCUCUGUAGUCUUGCCAAAGAAGGGCGAAAAAGAACAGCAAGAAGCAAUUGAACACAUUGAUGAAAUACAAAAUGAAAUAGACAGACUUAAUGAACAAGACAGUGAGGAGAUUUUGAAAGUAGAACAGAAAUAUAACAAACUCCGCCAACCAUUUUUUCAGAAGAGGUCAGAAUUGAUCUCUAAAAUCCUAAAUUUGGGGGUAACAACAUUUGGCAAUCAUUUACAAGUGUCUGCACUGCUUGGGAAGGAAAACGAAGAGACAUUGCAUUAUUUGACCAGAGUUGAAGUGACAGAAUUUGAAGAUAUUAAAUCAGGUUACAGAGUAGAUUUUUAUUUUGAUGAAAGUCCUUACUUUGAAAAUAAAGUUCUCUCCAAAGAAUUUCAUCUGAAUGAGAGUGGUAAUCCAUCUUCAAAAUCCACUGAAACCAAAUGGAAAUCUGGAAAGGAUGUGACGAAACGUUUAAGUCAAAUGCAGAAUAAAGCCAGCAGGAAGAGGCAGCAUGAGGCACCAGAGAGCUUCUUGACCUGGUUUACUGACCAUUCUGAUGCAGGGGCCGAUGACUUAGGAGAGGACAUCAAAGAUGAUAUUUGGCCAAACCCAUUACAGUACUACUUGGUUCCCCAUAUGGAUGAUGAAGAAGGAGAAGAUGAUAAUGAGGAGGAGGAGGAAGGAUUAGAAGACACUGAUGAAGAAGGGGAUGAAGAUGAAGGUGAAGAAGAUGAUGAAGGGGAGGAAGGAGAGGAGGAUGAAAGAGAUGACUAAUAGAAUACUGAUGGAUUCCAACCUUCCCCUUUUUAAAUUUUCUCCAGUCCCUGGGAGCAAGUUGUAGUCUGUUUUAUUUUGUUUUGUUUUCGCCUCUUGUCCUCAGUCGCCCUAUUCUUGAGGUCUCUUUUCUCUACACUUAAUUGGGGGAAAUAUCUUGAGCAGACUACAUUGAGAAAAGAGUCUCUACCCCUUUCUGUUCGAAAUUCAUUUUUAUCCCUUCCUGUCUGAAUAAAAACUGUAUGGAAUCAACACCACCAAGUUCUGUGGGAAAAAAGAAAAACCUGCUCCCUUCGCUCUGCUGGAAGCUGGAGGGUGCUAGGCUCCUGCGUAGCAGUGCAUAGAAUUCUAGCUUCUUGCCUCCUUUCUCUGUAUAUUGGGCUCAGAAAGUACACUGUGUGUCUAUGUGAAUAUGGACAGUUAGCACUGACCAACAUGUAUCUAUUUUCUCUUGUUUAAAAAAAAGAAAAAAAAAAACUUUUAAAAAUGGGGUUGGCUGGGUGCGGUGGCUCACGCCUGUAAUCCCAGCACUUUGGGAGGCCGACGCGGGUGAAUCACCUGAGGUCAGGAGUUCGAGACCAGCCUGGCCAACAUGGUGAA